AUGCGCCUCAAGAAGCUUGUUGACGAGCUCCGUGACCUCGGCGAGAAGGUCUCCGACGAGUUUCUCCUCAGCACCCUCAUCGCCGGCCUGAACGAAGACUUCGGGAACGCCGCCUCCAACAUCCCUCUCAUCACCAACCCAACCUUCCCCAAGAUCGUCGCGUACCUGAAGCUGGAGGAGAGGAGGAUGCGGAUGUCGCGCACCCGGGCCACUCAUACGGCUCUCAUCGCCGGCACCCGCGGCGGUGCGCCGCCCACCGCCCCGGCUCCCCCGCCGCGGCCCGCCCCGAGCCCCUUCCAGGUGCCACCGCCGCCCGGGUUCCCCUACCCGGCGCCGCCGCAGGCCCCUCCGCCGCCCCCCGCCGAGCAGCACCAGCGCCGGGGCGGGCAUCGCGGCCGAGGUGGCCGCAAGCCGCAGCAGCAGCCGUUGUCUGCCCACGGCGGGACGCCGCGCCAGCCGCAGCAACGGCUCCCGCCGGCGCCCUGGCAGGCCGGCCAGAACCCCCGUCCCCGGGUUUUUUGGCGCCCGCCCGGCCCCUCAUCAGGCUCUGUACGCGGCCCCUCCGUCGUAUCCGCCGGCGCCACUCCACGGCCCCUCGGCGGCCUAUGGGCUGCCUUCGGCCGGUGGGUUCGUGGCGCCGCCGCCACAGCCGCUGCCGUCGCGCCUUGGGACCCCGCGCUGCUAGCGGCCCUCCACACCGCCCCCACGUCAUAG